CGAGAUUAACCCCUUAGUGGCAGAAACCAUCGCUGUGAGCUCAGACUGUCCGUCCGUCAGACGACCAUGACUCCUCUGCAGCAGCAGCCCUGCACCACCACACAGAGGGUGCAGUCCACUUUAAAACUCUUCAUGCUGGAGACUGCCCGGAAUACACUUGAACAGGAACUUCUUAACCUCACCAACAAGGCCUACGAAGAUGUUCAAGCUUUCUUCAGUUCAACUUUUCCCACCGGUAGUGUCUUCAGUGAUCUGGUUAAGGCUUUGGAUACAAAAUAUCAGGCCAUUGACAAGCUCUCCGGUUUAUUAAAAGACCUCGCAGUUGAGCCACACGUUUGUGUCCAGCCUCCUGUCCAAAAUGGAAUGAAAGCAAAUCAGCUUCAGCCACUCGGAGACAAAAAGAUCCCAAUGACCGAUGUUCUGAAGUUUGGGCCUAUGUUGCAGAAUUCACUCAUGGCGAGCUCCAUAACCAAAGCAGUCCAGGUGCUUGGAGCCACGCUGUCCCACCAGCAGUUGAAAUAUUUCCUCAUCUCCCAGCCUGUGGUCCAGCAGGAUGACACGUUAUGCAGUAUCCCGUCCAGCUACAACAGCACCGUUGCGUUGAGCUCAUCCCCCCACUUACAAGCUGAAGAAAAAGAACAUAAUGUUAUUUUUGAGGAGAAACGCCCAUCAGAUGCUGCGAUUCUUCCACCUGUGAUUAUUGAGCGACCCAAGAUUAACCCAGAGAGGCCACCACUACUGCUGCCUCCCAUACAAGCUAUACUCCCAGAGAUCAGUAACCUUAAACCAGUGAAAAUAACACCACUAAUGAGCUGGGGCUGUGAGGAAGAUGUCCAGGUGCAACACCAAAAACAAACAUCCUCUCAGCUGCUUCACUUCCUCAGAGCAAAAACUAAAAACAUGGGUGCACUAGAGGUCACCGUCAUGGAGUGUAGUAUGUGCACUUCAAGUUUGCCACAGGGGCCUACCAUCAAAACACAAAGCUACCAAUUCAGACAUGUUGUGACUGAUGAUCUGAUCAAUGCACUAGCUCCGAAAACAUUAUGUGCAGACGUUGAAAACCAAGCCCCAGUCUUCAGAGUUAAAAGAGUGGAAUCGAGUGGCUCUCUGACCUACACUUGUGUGAUUGCAACAAAGACUGAAUUGUGGGAUAUUGGAGACAUCUUCACAGAGGUGGGACACGGAGAGCCUCAAGCUUACUCGUUGGAUAAUAUAGACAGGCCAAAGACAACAGCUCAAGAGGACUCCUGUCUAAACAACCAGCGGAAAACACAAACUCUGCAAUGCACAGAACCUGAAGAGGCGAGCCAUUAUGCUGAUGCAAAAAGGCCAGCGAUUAACGCCAUUACCAUUCCAGAUUUCCAGAUCCGAAGGUUUGAAGAGACUGAAGUUGUGGUGUCUCAUAUUGUCAGCCCAGGCAACUUUUACGUACAACACGCAGACUCCAUCAUGAAGCUGCAGGCCCUUUUCGCAGACAGCUGGAAAGCCAGUAGUUCACAUGCCGAGCAGAGCUGCAUUCCAGACAUUGGAACUAAAGUAAUGGGUUGGUUCCCUAAGCAAGAACAAUGGUGCAGGGCUCAGGUGACGAAGAUAUGCGGAGUAAGUGGAGAUAAUAAUGCCACUGAUGGUGCUGGGAGUGGGUCAUCCAUCAAGUUGGAGGUGAAGAAGCUGGACUACGGGGGGACUGCCUGCCUGUCUCUGUUGAACAUCAAAGAGAUGACUCCAGAAAUGGCCGUCCUACCACUCCAGGCUAUCGAGGUCUCGCUGGCAAAUGUGACGCCUGUGUAUGGGAGCGAUUGGUCUGAGGAGGCAGUGGGCUGGUUCAAAGCAAUGGUGCACAACAGAACGCUCUAUGCCAGACUUUACCCACAGGGGCCCAAAGUUACAGUCGAGCUGUUCCUGGAAAAGGGAAAGCUCGGAGCCAUGAGGAGGGGGGCACCAUUGUCUUUGAGACUGGCCCAGAACGGACAUGCAAAACAUAACAAACUGAAGAAUAGUAGUCUCAAGGGAAGAAGCAUAAUUCAACUAAAAACGAGGAAACAGGAGGCCGAGUGGGAGAAAUACCUCAUCUCAUGCUUUACUCACAACCUGGAGUCGAAAAUGAACUGGGGGUCCUUUUAUGCCGUGAUCAGCGGCGUAAACAGGCACUCUACCGGCAUCGGACGCGUUUGGCUCUCCGUCAUCUUCAUCUUCCGUAUCCUGGUCCUGGUGGUCGCUGCUGAGAGCGUUUGGGGAGAUGAGAAGUCCGGCUUCAUCUGCAACACCCAGCAGCCCGGCUGCAACAGCGUCUGUUACGACCAGUUCUUCCCCAUCUCGCACAUCCGCCUGUGGGCGCUCCAGCUCAUCCUGGUCUCCACCCCUGCCCUGCUGGUGGCCAUGCAUGUGGCCCACCGACGCCACAUCGACAAGAAGAUCCUGAAGAGGACGGGCCGCAGCAGUCCCAAGGAGCUGGAAAACAUAAAGAACCAGAAGUUUCAGAUCACCGGAGCAUUGUGGUGGACAUACAUGAUCAGUAUCAUCUUCAGAAUCAUCUUCGAGGUGGCUUUUCUCUACAUUUUCUACUUGAUCUAUCCUGGCUUUAAGAUGGUGCGUUUGGUGAAGUGUGACUCGUACCCAUGCCCCAACACAGUGGACUGUUUUGUCUCCAGACCGACAGAAAAGACCAUAUUCACUGUGUUCAUGCUGGCAGUGUCUGGGGUGUGUGUGCUGCUUAACCUGGCUGAGGUGGUAUACCUCAUCGCCAGGGCCUGUAAACGGUGCUGCCGAGGCUCCGAGGAAGAGGACAAAGUAGCUUGGAUAAGUCAAAGAUUGUCUACUUAUAGGCAAAAUGAAAUCAAUCAGCUGAUAGCAGACCAUUCUCUCAAGUCUAAGUUCACUGUGACCAAAAAGAGCCCAACUGAGAAGGCUGAAAGGUGUUCUGCUUUCUGAAACUCUGCCUCUCCUGUUCCCUUUAAACUAAUCAACAGCAAUCACACAUGUCCAUGGAUCAUGUUGCUCUGCAUUAAUGUCACAUGUUCUGUAAAUACACAUUCAAAGCAACUAUUUAUACAUAAUUCAGUCAAUCGC